ACUUAAAAGCUGUUAUCCUCAAAUGGACUGCGCACACAGCAAUAUCAGAAGCACUUCGUUGUUAAAUCGUUUCAAACCUGCUUUUAGCUUCAACAACUCUCAUCCUCUCUUCACGUCGGCGCUGAAACUAGCGUAUGUUUCCCAGAAAUUUAAGCCUCUAGUUCUCAGAAACGCAUUUGGUCUUGAUGAAAAUGGAUCUUUUAGUAAGCCCAUCAACGUUUUCAUGGAAGAGGCUAUUGGAGCUGAAUAUGGUGAAGGUUUUGAGACUUUUAGACAAGAUGGACCUCUUAAAGUUGAUGUGGAUUACCUGAAUGAUAGACUGCAGGAAGGUUUUCUGAAACGGAUACGGUAUGCCAUGAAACCAGAUGAAGCAUAUGGGCUCAUUUUCUCAUGGGACGUAGUGACAGACACUCAAGCUCUGAAGUUCAAUGCAUGGAAGCAGCUUGCCUCUGAAGAGGGAAAAGAAGUUCCUGAAGAUGUUAAUUUGCAAAGACUGAUGCUUAAUGCAGGUGCAGAUCAAGUGCUGCAUAAGGAGUUGCUCUGGGCUAAAGAAGAAAGUGAACUGAAUAGAUUGAAGUUAAGGCUUUUGCAAUUAUAUUAUGAUAAUCUCCUAAGAGUUAGAGAGCCUAUAGAAGGGCUUCAAGAAUGGCUAGAUGCAGUCUCCACUGCUCGCAUCCCUUGUGCUGUUGUUUCAAGUCUUGACCGGAGAAACAUGGUUGAAGCCCUUGAACGGAUGGGACUUUUGAAGUAUUUCCAGGCAAUAGUGUCUGAAGAAGAUGGCAUGGAGUCAAUUGCUCAUAGAUUUCUUUCUGCUGCAAUUAAGCUAGAUCGAAAACCAUCCAAAUGUGUGGUGUUUGAAGACAACCCUAGAGCAAUUACGGCUGCUCACAACUGCACAAUGAUGGCGGUGGCACUCAUUGGCACUCAUCGCGCGUAUGAUCUAGUCCAGGCUGAUCUUGCUGUUGCCAACUUUAAUGAGCUUUCUGUGAUAAAUCUGAGGAGAUUGUUUGCUAACAGAGGUUCUACUUUCAUGGACAGACAAAAGCAAAGUAUAGAGAGCUCCUCCCAAAAGAAACUUACUAUUGAUACCAUCUUCUGAUAUGUUUUUAUUGUUCCUUGUCUUUCUUUUACCAGAAAUUGAUCCCAACUCUGAUUGUAAAUUAAUCAAAUGUUUUCCUUUGUAGCUCAAUUUAGAACAAUUCUUUAUUCUUGAAGCUGUAUUUGGGAAAUGAAAUUUAUUCAAUGUUAGUGUUGACUAUAGCACAUA